AUGUGGCUGUGCCUCCCUCACUCUGCCUCUCUGUUUCAGGGUGACAACCCCGAGGAGUGUCCAGUGUGCCUGACAGGCUUUGAUGACUUAGUACAGCGGCCACGCACUCUGCCCUGUGGCCACACAGUCUGUACACUGUGCACAGAUAAGCUGAAGGAGCAGGGCCGUGUUACCUGUCCGGAGUGCCGCGUCACCCAUGCCGUGCCCGAGGGCGGGCAGUUCCCUGUCAGCUAUACAAUUGAGGCCUUCAUAAGAAGGCUGAGAGACGGCAAGGCGGCGGAGGCCUCGCCGCCACCCAGUGCCGGGAAGGGGAAAGGGGCAGCAGGAUCAGCUGGCAAGAAGGGAGCAGCGGGUCUCUCCAAGAAAAUGCGUUCCUUUCUGCAGGAACAGGAGGCCACAGUUGUGGCCGCCAUCACCGCCUGCCAGGAGGCUCAGUCCCAGCUGGACCAGUAUGAGGCCACCCUGACAGGCUGGGUCGAGCGGCAGCAGCAGCUGGAGGACAGCCUCCAGGGACUGAUGGACCAGAGCAGGAGUUCCAGGGAGCUCCUGCAGCAGGAAAAGUUCCGUGUGGCACCGAAGAGGAAGGAGGCGAAGAAGAAGGAGCAGGAGCUGCAGGCUGUGCGGGAGAAGUUGCGCACUCGUGCAACAGAGCAAGAGGCAUUCAAGAUGGUGGGUGAGGUGAUCCACAUCACCAGUGAGGCGGAGCAGGUGUUGGAGGAGUGCCAGCAGUGUUUCCCUGACGCCGGCAUCCUCACCACCGCCAGGAAGGUGGGAGAGGCAUCUAGUGCAGCCCUGGAGGCCGCCAAGGCUGUCCAGGCGGCUUGGGAAACAGUUUCUACAGAAGAACCCAGGCCCCAGUCAGUCCCAGAAGAACCCAGGCCCCAGUCAGUCCCAAAAGAACCCAGGCCCCAGUCAGACCCAGAAGAGCCCAGUUCCCAUUCAGACGCAGACCUCACCAUCAUGGAAAAAGUGCAGUUCAUCUUAGAGCCAAGCUUGAAGGAGGACUUCCGCAGUCUGACACAGCGCACCAGGAGCCUGCUGCAGGCUGGCCGGGUGUUUGCUGUGCACCAGGUGGAAGGUCAGCGACGACACGCACGAAUAAGCCUCGAAGCCGGCCGGCCGUGCCUCCAUGCCCUGACGGACCAUCCCCUGACAGUGUGGGCGGCAACCCCGCAGGUCAGCCAGGUCGUGCCGCCCUCCCCCCCCUGCACGGUGUUCCUGGACCUGUCCUGGCCGGGCCGUGCGCCGCGCCGGGUCCACAUCCGUCUGAGCCCCGACACCCAGCGGGGCCGCCAGUUCCUGAUGCUGUGCACGGGGCAGCGCGGCCCCUCCUACCGCGGCACCAGGCUGUACGCGGUGGUGUGGAAGGGGGAGCCGGGAGAGUGUGUGUAUGGCGGGGACUACGAGAGUAAUGAUGGUAAGGGGGAAUGUGUGCUGCUGCCUGGCCUUGAGGAGGGUGGGGAGAGGAGGCCAUGGCGGGCAGGGGAUGUGUUGGGGUGGGGGAGGCAGGGUGUGUUUGUCAUCACCACCAGGGACCGUCAGGGUGUGUGGCGUUGUUGUUUCUUCGGUGAGGUGGUGGAGGGACUGCACGUGGUGGCCGAGGCAGCCCAACACAGCGACAUUAAGGAGGUGACUGUGGUGGACUGUGGCGUGGUGCUGUAAGGGUAUACUGGCCUGCACCACCACCACCACCACCACCACAACAUUAUAGAGGAGAUUGUGGUGGACUUUGUGGUGUUGAGGGUACUGGCCUGCACCACCACCACCACCACCACCACCACAACAUUAUAGAGGAGAUUGUGGUGGACUUUGUGGUGUUGAGGGUACUGGCCUGCACCACCACCACCACCACCACCACCACAACAUUAUAGAGGAAAUUGUGGUGGACUUUGUGGUGUUGAGGGUACUGGCCUGCACCACCACCACCACCACCACCACAA